UGUUAUAAUUUGUUUGAAAUGGAUUUAUUUAUAUAUGCGGUUGGAUUUAUCUUGUGUGGUUGGAUCAUAUAUCUUUGGUAUAUCAGAGCAUUUAUAAGACUAGCCCAUACAGUAAACUCGAAUAGACUACAUACGUGGCGUGGUUUUGGCACAUUUUUAACGAGAAAAGAGGGUCUUUUAUACUUUUAUAACUAUGCCAAUAAAUAUGGUCCAAACUGUGUAAUAUGGAUAGGAAUAUGGCCGAUUUUUCUCUGUACUGAUCCAGAGGUCAUAAAGGAUAUUUUAACAUCUAAAAACUGCAUUGAUAAACCAAUCUUAUAUAAAGGAAUUACUACAAUAGCCGGUGAUGGUUUAAUAACUCAAAAUGAUCCUGAUUGGAGUAGACAUCGUAAAGUACUGAAUAAGGCCUUUUCACCUACAACUUUAAAAUCAUUUUUCUCCCUUUUUCACAAAGAGAUUAACAAUGUAAUAGAGCACAUAGAGAAAAGUCAAGAAAAAGGAGUUGACGUUGAUAUGUUGGUAAUAUUUCGUGCAUUUACCAUGAGAAUUGCUUCCAAAACAACACUUAAAAGAAAUUUGGAACAGACGGAAUUUAAUUCUUUUAUUAUGGCAGAACAUGCUCACGCAUUCUUAGAGUUUUUAGCGGAUGUCUGCCUUAGUCAAAUAAUGGCGAUUAAAUGGAUAUACAAACUGGCAGAGAAUUAUGUUUAUAAGACUGCUAAAGAUGGUUUUGUGAUGUUUCAAAGACUUAUCAGCGAAUCAGUGGAUAUUAUCCGUAGAAAUGAUACAAAAGAUCCCAGUUAUUUGCCCGAAGUUAAUAGCGUUUUAGAUUAUGCUUUUAUGGGAGUUCAACAUAACAUUUUACGAUUGGACGAAAUUGAAAGCCAAAUGAUGCAUAUCUUUUUCGGGGCCUUUGAGACUACAUCUUCUACAUUGUAUUUGGUUAUCGCAUUGCUGGCUAUGCAUCCGCAUUAUCAGGAACGUGCAUAUGAGGAGGUAGCAAGUCUAUUACCGGAUAAUGAAAACGAUAUUACAUUAGAAUUGAUGGAGCACGCGACUUAUGUAGAUAUGAUUUUCAAAGAGACAAUGCGACUAUUUCCC